AUGUGCAGGAAACCACCAGACCUAGAACUGGAAGGUCUUUUCAAGAGACAUUUUACCACUGUAGAAUUCUUCCAAGGUACCAUUAUGAAUCCUAUUGAUCUGCAAAGGGUCAAGGUUCACGAAGCUGACGCCUGCCUCGUUCUUGCAAACAAAUACUGCCAGGAUCCGGAUGCUGAAGACGCCGCCAACAUUAUGCGAGUUAUCUCAAUAAAAAACUAUAGUGAUGAUAUUAGAGUGAUUAUACAAUUGAUGCAAUAUCAUAAUAAGGCUUAUUUAUUAAAUAUCCCAUCAUGGGACUGGAAGCAAGGAGAUGACGUCAUUUGUUUGGCAGAACUGAAAUUAGGCUUUAUAGCACAAUCCUGUUUAGCGCCUGGAUUUUCAACAAUGAUGGCAAAUUUAUUUGCAAUGCGAUCCUUUAAAACGUAG